ACGUCCGAUAAAAUCGCAUCCGAUGAGCGUUGCCACCGCCCUUAAUAAGGCCUGAAUGGGUGAUUCGAGCACCAAUUGAACAUGACGAGAACAAAAAUUUAGUACAAAUACACUUGGGCUGAUUUGGGUUUUUUGUUAAUUGGGUAAACCCCAGAACAAUGCCAAUAUUGCCCGCUGCAGCAGGCGCGGUGAACCUGUUCUUUCAUGUUGCUUUUCGCAGUAAUGAACAAUACAGCCGUUACAAUUACAUUCCUCUUUGUUCCGCAAUUUUUUAACACAUAAACCAGCCAAACACGGUCGUGAGUAUGUACGGACCGCUCAGUGACAAGAAUUACGACGUGACCAAGCUGUUUGGUCAACUUUGGGAGGAAACGCUCCAGCAGCGCAUCAUCGAGUCCACCCAAAACCAGCCGGACGAUGACAGGGUUGCCACGAUCAUUAAGUGUAAGAUCGAUGACUUUCUGCGCAGGUUCCCGUUUCACGAACGGCUUCAGCUGCAGCCCGACGCAAAGGAUAAUGCGAAAGCGCUUGCUGCCCGCGUCCUUGGCAAUGAACUGUUCGCGCUGCCGAUGGAAGAGAAGUACCUACAGGCACUGCGAUACUACAAUGAAAGCAUUUCAUACUCGGCGCAGGGUUCCGAAACAAGAGCGCUUGCGUACGGUAAUCGGUCCGCGGUCUGUCUUAAAUUUGGCCUGUACCAGGAGUGUUUGGAAAAUAUACGCCUAGCAAGGGCCUCGAACUACCCAGCACGAUUGGCGGACAAGCUGAACAAGCGCGAGCAGCACGUGAAGCGAUGCAUCCAACACGACCCUCCCGUAUUUCCGGACAGGGUUAAACAUACGCCUGGAAAGUAUCGGCUUCGUUCCUCGGGCCAUCCGGCACCGAAGUUGAGCUACGAGGCACACGCAAACGUUCCCCAGCUGGUGAAAUGUGUGGAGCUGCGCCAGGACAGUGAAUUCGGUCGUCAUUUGGUGACGACGAAGCAUCUGAAGGCAGGGGACGUGCUGCUGAUUGAGAAGCCGUACGCAAACUUACUCAUCGACGUGGAACGACAUGUACGUUGCGCGUUUUGUCAGAAUGAGGACAGAUUUACGCUGAUUCCUUGCGAGGGAUGCACCGUGACGAUGUACUGUUCGGAAGAAUGUCGGGACAAAGCGCACAAGCAGUAUCAUCGAUACGAGUGUGGCGUGCUGCGUGACUGUUGGCGCAUUGUUGGUCACUUGUUUGGGGGCAUGGUGGGAUUGCGUACGGUUGCCACGGCCAUCGCAUCCUUCGACCAGGAUCUCGGGGGAUGGAAUGAUCAUCUGAACACGCUGGACGAAACAAAUGUAAAUGCAUUUACGAUGGAUUGGAACAACGCAACGGUCAGCGAUAUCUACGACACGGUACAAGUGCUCGCCACGAACCAGAAGCGGCGUUGUCGGAAAGAUCUGGCGGAGCUAAUAUUUUUCGCCUCCAUCGUGCACCGGUUACUGUUGGAACGCACAGACUUUGGACCGCUGUGUGAGUCGAGUCCGACAAGAAGCAAACUUCUGUUCGAUCUGCUGCUACGCCACGUGCAAACUUCCCUGAUCAACAAGAAGCGGGUGCAUCACAUGGAAGCGGUGGAGGUAAAAGAUGAGGAGGAUGAAGAUACUAAGGAAAAGGUUGGGGAUGAGUUAAACGAUUAUUUCGACUACGACAGUGAGGAAGGAAAACCAACACAUUUUGAAGAGCGACCGCAUGCGAUGGCCGUUUACCCGCUGUCCAGCAUGCUGAACCAUAGCUGCGUACCGAACGUGGUCCCGAUCAAUUUGCUCGACGGACGGUGUGCUAUUAUGGCCAUCCGGCCGAUCGCUGCCGGAGAGCAGCUGUUCGACAACUACGGGACUUGUACGAUCCGUUACGGACGGUCAAUCAGAGGGAUAUACCUGCAGGAUUGCUACCUUUUCCAAUGUAGCUGCGGGGCAUGCCAAUCACACGUGGAAUGUGCGUAUACCGAUCCGGAGGAAGCCACCUUGCUUCGGAAUCUGGAAUUGCUGCCUAAGGUGGAGACAAAAUUGUUGAUGCUUCUAUGGCACAUGAACCAGGACGAACGGUACUACACGAAGCAUCAGCUAACGGCAAUGCAGCAUAAGCUGGUGCAUACCCUGCGCAUGAUGCACAGCUUUUCGCCGGACGAUGAGCUGUUCCUUGUGGUUAGGCAGGAAACGCUGCUCUUCUGAACGAGCCGAGAAUAUUAUUUUUCUUGGCAAUUUCACUGUUAAAUUUCAUUAUUUAGACUUAAUAAGCUUCAUUUAUUCGCCCUGACAACUGUUCAAUGAAUGUGUCUCUCUUUGUGCUAAUAACAAAAUAAUGAAGCAUGAUACUGAUUGUUUCUGCAAAUAGCGGAAAUUUCGAAUUAAUUUAAAAUUAUUACUUUUUAAUCGCUCGCUUCUUAUUUUUUUAUGGAUGAAAUUUCCAAACGAAAUGCUAAACGAAUUAAUUGAACGCAAUUAAUCUGUUUGUUUAAUUUUUUUUUUCAUUUAAUGUCCUUAAUGACUCGAAGAGCUUUCGCUACAAGCAAAAGGAACGUUUCUCUAAUUUAUUUAACACGAUCUGUUUUUCGUGUAUUUUGGUCAUUUCUCGUAAUGCUUAAAAACCAUCUUCGUAUCAUGUUUGCUAUUUCAACAAAUAAGAAUCUAUAAAAUAUGAACAAAUGUUACAAAACGUGCGAAUAAAUCAAAGUCUUACCUUUGAAAAAAAAGCCCUUAAUUUUAAAGUAAAAUAAACAAACCAUUACUAUCGGCUCAACCAAAACGGCAACAAAACAUCGUUUAACAAAAAAUCGGUCAAAUCGGGCGUGUUUGUACGGCAAUGUUCGGCUGAAAACUGUUUCCAACCACAAGUGACUGUUCAUGUUAAGUUAGAAGCACGAACAAGAAGAAGGUGUCGUACGUUUGGUUUAAUAAAACAGCGGUUUAAAAUGCAAUUAAACCUAACGACACCGAGCCCGCCGUGGUCGCGGUAAAGAUGGCUGGAACGGUCCCAAACCGCCAGAAGUGUGAGUGUGGGUGUGUGUGUCUGUCCGAUAGUACAAUUUAAAAUCUUCAUAAAACGAUUAUCACAAACGGCGGGAAGAUUUAUCGUGAACUUGUCCUCCCGGGGGCGAAAGCCGUUCGUACGGACUCGCCCACUACGAAAACCACAAUCAUCCGACACAAGGCUGCUGCUGCUGCUGCUGUUCCGUCGUUCUAGCCACCGCUGGCUGUAACCAGCUUCCAACAAGCGUCCAUUUUGCGAGCCGAAAAAGGAGAAAAACGCCACGCAAGUUCUGUGCCGCUCGCCAGAAGGGACACACCAAACAGCUCGCCUACUGCGUCCAGCAUCCAUGGUAAGUGAAAGUAACAAUUUAUCGCCCGCCCAACCCGCGUGGCAGUUAAACUUUAACCACGUUCGCGAGAAUCAAUAGACAGGAAGAGAGAGACAGAGAGUACCGUUCGUCGAGAGUAAAGGGGAGACAAUUUCUUCACAUUCGCUGGUCGCUGUGGUAACUCGAGAGCCGCAGGGAAGGUAAGGAAAACAUUGCAUAUUAAACGUAUUGGAAGCGGAAUGAAAAACUGCAACCAUAGACAGUUUCGUUUAAUCAUAGCGGUCGUUUGCGUGCUGAAGGGGAAGGUCAAACCCUCUCUCGAUUUCCUCGCGACUGAUGAACAAAGGGAACGCGCUUACACAGCGUGAUUGGAUCUCAGACAUACCCGUCCGAAAAAAACCUUGCCGAACUUCAUCAAAGUUGUGCAAUAUAGUUUACAAUAUAAAGUGAAACGCAAACGGAGGAACGGGAUUGGAGUUUGAAGUACCCCCAAAACAGCGAGCAGAAGGGUAAAAGCAGCUCUCCGGGUGGGGGAAAAAACUAUCUAAACGCCAAACUAUUCCAAUCAUCUCCGCGUGGUGGGUUCUUCACGCAACGGUGGGUGCGCUGCUAAACGCGCAAGGUGUCGUGUCCGUGUCGCUCGUCGCACGUCGAA